AUGAGCCAACGCAGUGACGAGGAUGCCAACUCAGACAGUACGGUGGAGGAAACGCUGGUGAUGCUAAACCUGCCACAGCUCAACAGCGAUGAACGGAAAUUGAAAAAUCUAAACAUCUAUCGAAAAAAAAAAGGAGACCAAAUUUACAUAGAGAAUGAACCGGGGGUGAAGAAGAAGGAAAAUCAUUCAAAGGGGAGCCCCAACGGUGCGGUGAAGGGCAACCAACUGGGGAGUCUGAACAAAAUAAAUUUUGACUUAACGAAUGAUGAGGAACAGGAACUUGUGGGGGAUGUCCUCAUAAGUGGGGAUGGCUCGGAGGAAAUGGGAAGCUCCGCUCGGGGGGACGCGACGGAGGGGGCGUCAUCGCCGCGGGGGCAGAACAGUGAGGGGCAGAAAAAUGAGGGGCAGAAGAAUGAGAGGCAAAAGAAUGGGGGGACCCAAGAUACCCAUCACCCGAAGCACUUGCGCGGGAACCAUGUGGAUAACAUCCCAUUCGACAUCGACACCAUCUCCAUAAGUAACCUAUUUGCCGAGUGCCCCGAAUGCAUAAUAAACGGGAAAUACAAAUUUAAGGGCAUUCACACGUCGAGUAUUGGGACGAAUUUAUUUUUCAAGGAGCCAGACAGCCUCAAAAAAAAGAGCGGCCUGUCGAAUUAUGAGCUGUCGUACGAUCACCUGGGCACCAACAUGAAGGGAGAGAACAGAAUGAGCAGAGAUGACUUCACCCACUACGAGGGCUACUCCACAAAAAUAAUAUCCUUCGAAAUAGACUACUAG